UCGCCAGCUACCGUUUAACUCAACGAGCAAGAAGCAUCUCCACAAUUUUCACAAGCUUCGAGCUAAAUGUUCCGAUAAAUAUCUCAUUUAGAUGACAAAUAACUCGUUACAUGAGGUGAUGUUCAGCAGAUGCGAUUGCCAUGGAAGCGGACAAGAUACCUAAAUUCUCCUCCAAGGAUGAGGAAAUCAACUUUUGGAAAGCGCUCUUCGUCAAGUAUAAGGCAAACUACCAGGAGGCUCACGAGGAGCUGCUGGAGUUCCAGGAGGGCAGCAGGGAGCUGGAAGCUGAACUGGAAGCUCAGCUGGGCCAGGCCGAGCAUCGCCUGAAGGACCUCCAAUCAGACAACCUUAGGCUGAAGAACGACGUGGAGUCGCUCAAGGAGAGGCUGGAGCAGCAGUACUCACAGAGCUACAAGCAGAUAUCCGUUCUGGAGGACGACCUGGUGCAAACGCGCAGUAUCAAGGAGCACCUCCACAAAUACGUGCGAGAACUGGAACAGUCCAACGAUGACCUGGAACGAGCCAAGAGAGCGACCAUCAUGUCCCUGGAGAACUUUGAUCAGCGUCUGAACCAGGCCAUCGAGAGGAACGCCUUUCUGGAGAGCGAGUUGGAUGAGAAGGAGUCGCUUCUCGAGUCCGUUCAGAGACUCAAAGAUGAAGCCAGAGACUUGCGUCAGGAGCUUGCAGUGCGUGAACGUCAGGCGGACGUGAGCCGGACAUCGGACUCCGGCUCUCCCACGCAUGACGACGUCAAGAUGGUCUCACCGUCGCUCUCCACGCCUGCCACGCCUCUCAGUAAAGGUCUGGACAACGCGCUCCUCGCAGACGGCACAGGACUUGGCACAAGUUACACCAGUCACUCACCACUGACUCCAUCAGCACGGAUAUCAGCGCUCAACAUCGUCAGCGACCUACUGAGAAAAGUCGGAGUUCUGGAGGCCAAACUAGCUGCGUGCAGGAAUCUGGCUAAAGAGCAGCAGGCCAAGAAAAACUACGCUCUGGACAAUGGCAACAUCCUCAAUGCCAAUAGCGCAUAUUCCCAGUCACUGCGUAUCACCUAUUUGGACAAAGCCAGAGGGGCAAGCAGCCUUGAUCCAGGGACCCUCACAGUCAUCACGGUCCCUCCCGCUGCCUCUUCUGCCAGCUUGGUGCCCCUCACAAUUUGAACACCGUACCAACCACUACAGACCCCCAACAAAGACCUCACAGCACCACGAGACAAAUUGAUAUGCAAAUGUGUUCACUCAUCACUCGGCAAUAAGUCAAAGCGAGCGUUCACAUGCGCGUUGGAGUGUUUCCUGACUAACUAUCUUAUUUAUUGAGGAUUGUAGAUGUUUAAAGUCUUAACAGAGAGGUGGUCUUUUUCAUUUUAUUUACCUUUUGUUCAAAUGUGUGUCACUUUUGGUCAUAUUGAUCGUUUACGUUCCACUUAGAGGUGGCAGGAAACCAAUUCAUCCACUUAAAACAGUUAAUGGCUAUGAUGGACUAAAAUAAUAUAUAUGUAUGUGUGUGACUUAAUGUGUAAUUAAUUAAAAUUGGAAUUAUCACAAGUGUUCAUUAAAUGUCAGUGAUUGAACAGUAAAUUUGUUAAAAAAAAAUGUAGGGAAAUAUUCAAUUGAAUUAAGAAUUUUUUCCAAAAUGAUUUGGUAUUUUAAUGAAUUCAUAACUUUGCGUACCUUCUGCUCAUUUGGAAAUGCAAAUCUUUCAACAAGAAACUGAAAAAAUCCAAAAUAUGUAAAAGGGAUAGCUCAUUUUAAAUUGGAUCACAGUGCGAUACUUGCAGGGUCCCGUUUGAGGAGCAUGACUUUUUUUUUUUAAUACAAUACUGCUACUAAUAAUGCAUCAGAUGUAUAUGGCACUUUUCUGGACAAAGGAUGGCAAAGAAGAGAAAUCUUUAUUUGACAAAGCCAGUAACAAACUCCUGGUGUGUUUCUAUUUUGUCAAUAAAGAUGGCUCUGGGUGAACAAACAUUGAGGUCACCAAUGAUAUCCAAUGAGUCUAGUUUCUAAGGAAACAUUAAACAUGAGUGUCCAUUUGUGAUUUGUCGACCUGUUGUGAUGUAAUUGCACUAUUUAUUAAUCAAAUGAAAUCGGUGAAACUGAA